UUAUCUCAAAAUUACAUAUCGACGGAAACUUCAAUGCAUACUUGAAUGACGAGGCAGUCCAAGCAUCUACGGAGGCACCAACACAGCAUGUUUUUGCAAAACCGGAAAGAAUACAUGAUCUAGAGGCAAUGUUCCGGGAAAAGCAUCCAAAUCAAAAGUUUAAGGUGAACCCAUUGCCACCACCGGCAAACAAGGCGAAAACGUCCGAAUUGUCGACCGACAAUGUGCUUCCUCGUCAUUACAAGAGAGCGAAUCGGAAACCUCCAAUGUACUCGUCGCCAUUCAAGGCAGGAAAGAGCAGGACUGUCCCUGUAGUUGAUCAUGCAAUGCAACUACGAGACCUUUUAUGCUCCCCAGGUUCACCAUUAAAAAGCCAUUACUUGAUUCAAUUCCUCCCAUUUGCAUGGACGGGUUCAGAUAUUGCUGACUCAUUCUCAGAUGGGCGAAUGACCGAUAUAUUCUUUAUGGAGUAUUUUGUUAAAUGCUUGGCGGAAGACGAUAAGUUGCACCGGGCAGAAUCAUACGGUUACAGGAUUUUUAUGCCGCCCAGAGUUUGUUGUGCACUCAAUCCAGAGGAACUCAACAAAGGCAAUGAUAUAGUCUUUGACCCUACCGCGCUAGACAACAUGGUUAGGGAGAACCUUCCUCCCACCGAUUGGUCCAAGGCAAAACUGGUUUUCCUCUCGAUGUGCCACCGCGAGCACAUCUCUGUCUAUUGCAUAAACUUCCGGCACACUCGCAUUGAUGUACUUGACUCCCUUGACUACAAAUCCAUCGGAACAGAAUGGGAACAACAUCACGACAAAGAAUUUUGUGAUACCAUGAUGCAGCGUUUGAGUGAUUCUUUUCAGAGGAUUUCUAAGAAAGAUUUCAAGGUUUUUGCAAACAUGAGGCGCGUCCCCUUUACUGAAGCUCCCGUAAUGGUUAACAGGAAUGACUGCGCCUUCUUCUCUAUGAAGUUCAUAGAGUUCUUUGACGGAGAGGAGUCUUCACUUCGCACUUCAAUUGCGCCCGAGAAGUCUGGUGAGCUCCGAUCCGAGAUGCUCCAUUACUUGUUGUUUCACACUCUGAACGAUAUAAAAGAUAUGCCUCCUGAGAUCGAGCGGUUCCGGCUAUCUGGAGUUCCGUUUUAGUUCGAACACAUAAUCCUUAUUUGUAAAUAACUCAAGUUACGAUGUUAAGUUGUUGAAUGGCAUAGCCGAUGACCUUAGCUGUAAACCACUUUUGUGUUUAUAUCAUUAUGUGUUUUUGG